CCCAAUGGUUGUGUCUCUGAAAUGAAACGUCAGUUUAAAAAGAUGAUUAUUUUUUUAAAAGUGAUUUGAAAUCAUUUUAAGUUUCAGCAGACCUCACAGAAUGAGGGAGACUGUUCCAGAAAGCACAUUUUUUAAAUGUUAUUUUGGGUGUUACUCAUAUUUUAGCACUGCGCCCUGUAAGUAAAGUAAUUUUAACAAAACAGUGGAGAUGACUAAUAACAAAAUGCACUAUAUGUUUAUGCAAUUCAUUUUUUUUACUACAUAAUAUGAAUGGACACCAGAUAAAGGGUUAGUAACGUGAGGAACAGUUCGACCUUGAACGCUGACAAUUUACUGCUUAAUACGAUCUUUCCCACUGCAGACUUUAACAAUGUCUCUAAGAGCAACUCUACUUGUGGUUUCAUUGGUUUCUCAGUGCUGCUCUGCUCCAUAUACGAUUAACUGGACCCCUCAGGCAAUCUUAUACCUAAAAGGAGCAAAGGGACACCGAUCAACCUUGGAGCGCAGCAGCAGAGAAGAGGACGUUCCCCGUUUAGUGAACUUUAAUCAGAUCCGCGAUGAGCUGGGAUUGUCUUCAGCUUCAGUCGUCCUAUCGAAGCUCCGACAACGAGCUGCAGGAGAAGGUGGAGGCGGACCCGAUAUUCACCAGGACUGGAGCUUAAAACAUCUGUGAUUUUUGUUUCUUCCUGCUCCAGUUGUAUUAGUUGACUCUUUCAACUCUCAAAUGUACUUGUUGGUGUGAACAGUUCAUGUGCAGUAAAGGACUCCUAAAUAAA